UUAAAUUUAUACACAGUGUUUAAGGUCAUGAGACAAAGAAGUCUAUUCAUUUUCAGCGAUUUUCGAUAAUUACUGCCAGAGUUAUGGCUCUUGAUCACUUCAAAAAAAUCUUUUGGACGCUCUAAAGGCCAAAGUUAAUAUCCGAUUAAAUAUAAAUAAAUACACAGUGUUUAAGGUCAUGAGACGAAGAAGCCUAUUGGUUUUCAGCGAUUUCCGAUAAUUACUGCCAGAGUUGACUUCAGAUUGAUACACAGAGUUUAAGAGCUUGAGACGAACAAGUAUAUUGAUUUUCAAUGAAUUUUUAUGACUUGAACAGCUAAAUCCAUGAUAUUAAAAGUUUUGUAUACUAAACGUUAGCAUGGGGCAGAACUUUAUAAAAACCAAACAAAUUCUAAUCGUUUUCUGAUAAUUACUUCAUGAGUUGUUACUCUUAAUCAGAUUUUAGUGUAUUAUAAAUGUUUCAUUACCGAAAGAAGUAAAAAUAUGCGACAAUACUUGUUGACUGCCCGGACGAUUUAGCUGCUGUGGGCGUAUGUUUCGUUGCCUGGCAACCUAUCUUUACAGGCGGCGAAAGGAGUGAGUGGUCUAAUCAGAAAGGUGUCUAUGUUCCUGUGGGGAAGACGAAGGGACACAGCAGAAGAAGGUGAUUUCUCUGACCUGAAUGAGAACGAAUCUGACGUUUAUACAAUCAGUUCGGACAAUACACAAACAGAAGUGUCUUCCUCGAUCGAUUUAACUUCUGAGGAAAUAGACGAGGGAGAGUCAGUGGACUAUAACAACAUAAAAUAUGACAAAAUAUCAACUCGCACUGAACUAGCAGACGACAUAUUUUCCCUCGAACCAAAAACACUAGACGACAACAUAACGGGCAAAGUGAACCCACUAGAAACGAAUACUGCCUUGAGUGAAGCUGAUAUUAAUAUGGAGGAUAGCAAAGCACAUGGCGAUGACACAGUUACUGUGACGGACUUUGAUUCUAACUUUAAUGAGGACGGGAAUUGUAUGGGUGAUGAAGAUAUUGGUAACAACAAUUCGAAACAGGCAGACGACAACACAAACAAGGAAGAUGCAGAAGUUAAAAAGAUAACGACAAAAAUGGACACACCCAUAAUCAAAGAUGGUGAUACACCAACGAAUGUUACCGACGAAGAAGAUGUUUUCAGCAUGUCGCAGGAAUUUUUCUCCGAAGUUCCUAACAAAAGUGAUGACACCGAAGAAUCCAUGUCACCCACCAGUCCCGCCUCUAGUCCCACUUCAUCAAUUGAUGACAGUUCCGAUCCAAAGAGCAAAAUGAAGAAAAUAUUAAGAAGGAAAAUUAGUAAAACUUUAUCAAAUGCGGAUUUUGAUUCCUGCGAGCCAGAAAUUUGUGUUAGUGUGCUAAGUAUUCCGUCUGUCAGAACUUUAGCAUCUUUAAAGAAAAAGAUUAAGAAGGCAGAACAGGGCUGGAUUCAAGGUUUCCUGGAAGCAAAGGGUUUGGAUGCCCUGUUGGAUAAUGUAGAUAGUGUUGGUGGCAGAAGAGUAACAAAUUUAGCCGAUGCCAUGAUACUCUUGGAGUGUGUUUCUUGUAUAAAGUCUGUGUCGAAUAGUAAACUUGGUUUGGAGGCACUUGUCCAGGAUGGAGGCAAUUCCAAGAGACUUAUUAAAGCAUUGGAUACACCAAAUGUAAUGGUAAAGAAGCAAGUAUUUGAGUUAUUGUCAGCACUUUGUGUCUAUUCACCUGAUGGUUACAGACUGGCAUUGGACGCUCUCGAUACAUUUAAGACAAUGAAGAAACAAAGAUAUAGAUUCAGUAUAAUUGUUAAUGAGUUAAAGAAUGCUGAAUUACUACCAUACAAGACCACAUUAAUGGCGUUUAUCAACUGUAUUCUAGUAGGAACAGAUGAAUUACAAGAACGCAUAUCUAUAAGAAAUCAAUUCAUAGGUUUGAAUUUCUUGGAUAUUGUAAAUACGUUACGUGAUGAAGAAAAUGAAGAUUUAAUUAUACAAUGUGAUGUAUUUGAUGAAGAAAGACAUGAUGAUGAAGAAGAAAUUACAUCAAUUAUAUCUACCAAUAAUAUAGAUAUCAAUAAUCCUCUACAGUUAUUUAACGGCAUUAUUCAAAAGGUAUAUAAUACACCACAAGCUGACGUGUUUCUUACUAUUUUACAAAGUUUACUUCAUAUUGAUCCAGAUGAUUUUAUCAGUGAUAAUCAAUGGAAUGUUAUGGAACAGGCUGCCAAAAAGUGUUUUAUUCUCCAUAAAGCUGUGGAAAAUAGCAAUAUAGCUUUAACUGAUGGUAAUAAUAACAAAGCCGUACAAACUGAUUUUCUUGUGGAAGAAGUUACAUAUAAUCUGUUAAACAAACCCAUCGAGGCUGAAAUAAUUCAAUCUUCGUCCAAUGGAGUAUUAACUCAUUCUGUGCCUCGAUCUGUGACAAAUGGACAAGCUCCUUCCUUGCGUGUGUUACCCAACGGAGUUCCAGUUCCACCCCCUCCACCCACAUUGUCUGGAACUGCUUUGAUUCCCGGGGCUAUACCGCCCCCACCACCUCCACCGAUGCUCAGCAAUGGGACCCCAUUCCUGCCACCAGUUCCAAAUGGAACAUCUUCAUCCAUCCCGCCACCCCCACCCCCACCACCAAUGCUGGGCGGACCAUCCAUCCCCAUCCCACCACCCCCACCACCUCCAUUAGGAACAGCGCCUCCUCCACCACCUCCACCACCUGGAUUACCAGGAUCAGUCCCUCCACCACCACCGUUACCAGGCAGUGCAGCUCCCCCUCCACCACCACCGCCACCUGGAGGUGCACCACCAGUGCCACCACCAUUUGGAGCACCAAGAGUUUUCCAGGUUCCAGUUUCCAACCUUAAAGGCAUAAACACACCCCGUCCAAAGCACAAGAUGAAGACGUUUAACUGGUCUAAGUUAUCUGCCCAUGUGUUAAAUAACAAUGAUAAUGUAUGGAAAGAUGUGUUGAAGAUGCAGGAUAAAGUGAAAGUAAAAUAUGAUGACAUUGAACAAUUAUUUUGUCAGAAAACUGUUAAAGCUGAAGAAAAGGGGGUUGUAAAAGCCAAACCUCCAACUGAGAUUAAUUUACUAGAUACCAAGAGAAGUAUGAACGUGAAUAUAUUCUUAAAACAAUUCAAAGCUAGUAAUAAAGAUAUAAUUGAAAUGGUGAGGAAAGGUGAUCCAGCAGUUAUUGGACCAGAACGAUUACUCGGACUUCAAAAAAUUAUUCCAGAAACUGACGAGAUAAACAUGCUCAAGGAGUUUGACGGGGACAAGACCAAGUUGGGUAACGCUGAAAAGUUCUUUCUAGAAACAGUAACACUUCCUUCUUAUAAAACGAGAAUAGAUGGCAUGCUCCUAAAAGAAGAGUUUGGUAUAAAUAUGGAAGCCCUACAGGGUAACCUUAAAGCAAUGAUAAAAGCUUGUGAAGGCUUAUUACACAACGAAACCCUUAAAGACUUUCUCAGAUAUGUCCUUCAUACGGGCAAUUUUAUGAAUGCUGGUGGUUAUGCGGGUAAUGCUCUAGGGUUUAAAAUAGGAUCUCUUAAUAAACUAAUGGAUACCCGAGCUAAUAAACCCAGAGUUACAUUACUACACUAUCUCGUCAGUGAUGCUCAUAAAGAACAUGACCAGGUUCUGGACUUUGUUGAUGAAUUACUGCCCGCUUUAACUAUAGCAUCUCGGUUGACAGUUGAUAAUUUAACGGGUGAAAAAUCUCAGGCAUUAGCCAGUAUAAAGACAUUAAAAUCACACGUUGAGAAGGCUGACCAAGAUGUUCAGCAACAGUUUAACACCUUUCUUGAGGAUGGUUUUAAAGACAUCGAAGAAGCCGAGGAGUUAUUGAAAAAUAUAGACGAAUUGACCAAGAAGUUGGCUCAUCAUUUCUGUGAAGCAGAAGCUAGUUUCAAAGUAGAGGAGUGUCUCAUAAACAUGAAAAUAUUCUGUGAAAAAGUUCAGCAAUGUGAAAAGGAAAACGCUCAAAGACAAUUACAGGAAGAGCGGGCCGCAAAAAGAAAAAUAGCACAAGAAGAAUUGCGCGCCAAAAGAGAUGCCUCGGGUAAGAGUAAAGAUAUACCAUCAGACAAUGAAGACUGUAUAAUUGACAAACUUCUCUCAGAUAUUAAAAAGGGCUACAAACUACGGAAGACCUCUCCAGCCAAAGCAAAGCCAACCAAACCACAAUUAGCAGGUUCAGGUUCAGACAAAAUGCAGCCGAACUCUCCAGAUACAGCAGUCAAAGAACAAACAACAGAAUCAGGGAAAACAGUCAAAACACAAAGAACAGAUUCAGAGAAAAUACAAAUAACCACAUCUGAGAAAACCUCCUUAACACAGUCAACAGAUUCAGAUAAAAUAACCAAAACACAGUCAAAGAAAACAACGCCUUCAAAAACAACCGGUUCAGAGAAAACAGCUAUAGAUCAGAUCACAGAUUCUGAUAAAACAACCAAAACACAGCCAUCAGAUUCUGAUAAAACAACCAAACCCAACCCAUCGGAUUCUGAUAAAACAACCAUAACACAGUCAAAAAAUUCAAAGAAAACAACGCCAUCAAAAACAACUGGCACGGAGAAAACAACCAUAGAACAGUCAACAGAUUCCGUAAAAUCUGCAGAGAACAGAAAUGACUGAAAUGUCUCUGAACUUUGCUAUUUAAUCUAUGCAAUCAAUCAAACGUUUUCGCUAAAUAACAAAGUGCUAAUAAAUCUUUCACAUUGUAAUGUUUAUUUUGAUUAAGUGUAAGGAUAUUUUACGAACUAAGACUUACAUAGCUAUUGCUAUUAUCAUAAUGGAAAACGUACAUUAAAAUAACUAUUCUUAUUGCCUUGAUUAUAAUUAUUUAUCAUUGUUGUAAACCAUCUUUAUUGAUAAAGAAACUAUUUUUAUAUUGGUCUUUAAAAAAACCUGUGUCGCAAUAAGUGAGAGAGCUAGAAUACCUCAACUUUUCCCAAUGCGACAGGACUAUUUUGUACAACGAUACUUGUCUUGCCAUAGAAUGUAUUUUGAGACUUAGUUAUCGGUAUGUCUUCCUACUGCAAUAAGACUUGGAACGUCUAUUGCAUGUCCUGCUGUGUACGUCAAUUGCAUGUUUGGUCCGUCACGGUAUAUGCGGUUAUUGUGUAUUAUGCUAGAUGCAACUAUUUCAUGUUAUGGUCGGUACGUACAUUUCAUAUUAUGCUCUAUAGGGACAUUUCAUAUGCUCGAUACGUUUAUUGCAUAUUGUGUCAUGUACGUCAAUUGCAUGUUAUGUUUAGUCCGUCAUUAACUUAUAUGCGCUUAUUGCGUAUUAUGUUCGGCACGUACAUUUCAUUAUAUGCUCGUUUCAUACAUUUCAUAUUAUGCUCGGUACGGCAAUUGCAUAUUAUGCUUAUUAUGUUAUACUAUGUGCUUUCAUGUAUAUAACUACUAUAUUGAUCUAUUAUAAUAUUAUAUUUCUUAUCCUUUUGUAGUAAGAAUACAAUCAUGGAUUAAAUUUAAUGAAACCAUAA